UAAGAGUAAUUAGAGAUUAUGCAUAUUCUACUCUUAACACAUUGAUAUGACCACAAUUCACCAUGAAAUUCAUAGAAAAUAGCCUCCAAAAUAUACAUAAAUUUAGCAAAUUGUGUGUUCACAUCGGAGAGCAACAAAUGAGUUGUACAACAGUAAACCCACUAGCCUAUUCUCACUUUUCUCAGCAACCAAACACCAAGAAAGCAAAAAAGAAGCCAAAUAGGGUAUAAGAUCAUUGUUCAGAGAAAUCCACUAGUAUGAUUGUAUGGAAGUCUUGAUUGUUGCUUUUUUGUUGAUGAAACAAAGACUUACAGGCUUAGAGGGCUCGAGAAUGGAGGCCAUUCUGAUCGGCUCUUCGAGAAGCAAGUGAUUCGAAUGCAUUUUGGGUCUGCAACUCAACUCAACUCAACUACUGUAACUCUGUGUGAGUGCGAGUGAUCAAAGACAGCCAGCGAGUCGGAUUGGUUUGGUAACCACCUAUUAAUAAUUAUAUAAACCUGCGAGUAAAGUCCACGCGGCAGUUGAGGGAGAAGAUUGGGAUAAAAUCAAAACGGUGCGUUUCCAAGCGUGAUAAAUAUCUUCCGAGACUGUUGGUUUAGUCACCGAUUGACUGGUGCUAAAAACGAAUGGCUGUUCUCUUCCGCCACAUUUUCCAGUCUCCACCGUCAGCUCUGCCUUCUUCAAGGCCACUCUUCCUCUGCUCCUCCUCAUCAGCAUCGUCCUCCAUGGACCCGCACCCAUCAAAGUUCAUGGAGUUUCCCUACGUCUCAACUCCCCACAAGAACCUCAUGGUUCAUCUUGUGUCCACUGUCGAGACCCGCCUCGCCUCCCAUCUCCUCCCUUCCACUCUCCCACCCGACGUCCAAUACUACCACAACGACACCUCCACUAACCAUGCAGCUCUUCACAUCCGAUCCGCCCUCCCCUCCUCCCCUAUUGAUUUCAUACUAGGAAGUUGGAUUCACUGUCAGCUACCAACAGGUGGAGCAUUGAACAUUACAAGCUUUUCAUCCUAUCUCAACCCAUCAACAGAUGCACCCAAUUUCCUACUCGAGUUGAUCCAAAGCAGUCCCACUUCACUAGUCCUCAUCCUCGACUUGCCUCCUCGAAAAGACCUUGUUCUCCACCCGGACUACCUCAAAACGUUUUAUGAGGACACGAAGCUGGACACCUCAAGGCAGAAGCUCGAGAAACUAGCUGAGGUGAAGCCUUACUUCUCCUCAUCGCUCUACAUCCGCAGCGUCGUGUCUCCUACCGCAAUUUUGGUCCGUGUAGAUGCAGUAGAGGGAGGGCUAAGCUUAGAGGAGAUCAUAGAGAACCAUGUCGGUCCGGUUGCAGAGGAAGUGUUGGGCAUUUGGUUGGAACAAUGCGCGUUUGGCAAGAGAGAAGUAGGGGAGAAUGAGAGAGCUGAACUAAAGAAGAGGGAUGAUUUGGUCAAGAAAAAGACUAUUGAGAUUGAUUUGGGAUCGAAUUUUCCUAGAUUGUUUGGACCUGAUGCUGCAGAUCGAGUAUUGGGAGCAAUUCGUCAAGCUUAUAGGGUAUGAACAUAUGAUGUACGUGUUAAUUGGAUCUCUGUUAAAUAUUUACACUACUUAUAUCAGUCAAUAAUGAUCAAAUGAUUCAAUUGGAGUUGGGAGUUUGACUGAUUUGUUUUGUAUAAAUACAUAUUAGUAGAAAAGGGAAAACUGCAUUCUAUGUUAAGUUGUUAAAACUAUCAUUCUUACAAUGAUGUUAAACAGCAUAGUGGAGUUGUGUUUGAAGUGCAUCUCAUAUACUUGUUGAUGUCAUCUUU